GCCGCAAACGGAACUAGGGGAGUGAGGGAUACGAUCGAAGGGCGAAGACAGAGGAAGAAGAAGAGUUGCGUCAUCUUCACUGCGGCCGGCUGCCCGCCCUACCGCGACGCCGUCCAACGCUUCCGCAUUCACUUCAGUCCUCCGCUACAAAGAUGAAGCAGCCAAGAAAGAAAUUUGAGCAUUCCAAAACUACUGCAGAAGACCCAAAUGAAAAAAUAGACUUCAAGUCUAUAUUGAAAGACAUUCAAUUUAUAGGUUCGCCACAUAUGACUUGGAAGGAAAAGAAGGCAUUGGAAAACAAAAAAGUUGUUGCUCUUGGGGGGAAGAGUCCGAAGAAGCAUAGACAACCACUUAGUGUGGCUCGAGUGAUGAUGAAGAAACAAAAGGAGAGAGAGAAGAAAGAGUUGGAAGAGAGUCUAAUACUGAGGCGAUUCGGGAUAAACACCGGCUCUAGCACUGGAAGAGACAAUCAAAGACGCAAACCAGAGGACCGGGUACUGAAAUCAAGCGUAGGUGACUUCAGGAAUGGUGUCCUCAAUGUAAGAAGUCUGUUACAACCAUCUACAUCCACCGCGCCGGUCCCCCAUGAAAAAAAGUUUGCCCCUUACAAAGGUGGGAAGAAGAGACAUGGUGGCAACAAGAAGAAGGGCAAGAAGGGAAAGCGCCACUAGAAUCACUGCCAUUUGUUAGUCUUGUGAGAUAUCUAUCCUCAUGUGAGUUUUUGUGCUCUAAAAGACUAAAACUAUGUGGGAGUGGGGCAAAAGAAGACCAUAGUUUUGUAUGGAAAUGCUAUGCUAGUAGAGGGAGUUUUACAUGGAAAAGUUAAGCAUGAGUUUUUGAAACAUUAAUUUGAUACGGAGUAGUAUAUAACUAAAGAAAAAUAUUAUGCCAAAGAAAUGUAAACUCAGUAC